UAUGUUGAAUCCUGUCAGUUAGUCAAUCAAACCAGCACUUAAAUAUUAUUCUGGUGAUAACUAGGAUGACUAGCUCUAUUCAGCUAGGUUCUAGUGGGAAGUCGUAACCAGUGGGGUAUUAUGCCAAGUUGAGUGUGAGUACAAAUACUCGCCAGCGAUGAUAUUAGCUAGUGGUCACGUGUGUGGCGGUAGUAACUAUGACCCAAUUCAAGGGGUAUUUACUACUCAGAAUAGAGAUGAAUAACAUUGGUGAGCGCCUGCACGUUACAUCCUCUGGAGUAAGGCUUGGCUUUCUGGCUCUGAGCUAAGUCUCACCGCAUGCAUAGACAACACACGUGUUUGGCUAUUCAACACGCCUGACUAUUACAAAUGAAAGCUUCUUUGGCUUCAAGCAAAUAUCUGGCGGGGGCUCCGGAUAAACCAACAUCGUGAUAUUGGGUGAAUUUAUUGGGAAUAGCAAUGGCUUGGGUGUGGUUGUUGAUAAUGUGGUACACCCAACAUGGUUUAUUGUAAGGGUAAGGGUGAUAAGCCUGCCAUGUGAGAUACAGUGUUCAUAGAUAUGAUGGGGGAAGAUUUGCAGCUCAGGUGGAUUAUUUCGAUGUAAUCGUGUUCUCUGAGCUGAAAGGGUUACUCGCAAGGCUUUCAUCGCCCUAGUGGGCAACAUCUUCAGCGCAUACUUCAAUUCGAUGGAGUGAGCUUUUAGAUUUCUCCACGAGUUUAUUAAUCAUCUCUCCUGGUGACAUCGGACGUGAUUGGUUGUUUCUGUGUGUUUUCACACCCUCUGGGCUACUUGUAUUGGUAUUGGUGCUGAUUGUUUCCUUGACCUCAAGACUGACCUUUUGUGUAUGAGAUUUCCUUCUUAUCGACUAGUAAAUUUUGUCUAAUUCAAUGUGUCCAUUGACUGAUGAUUUACCGGAAUACCAGGCUUCUAAAAAUUUUCCAGCAUUCUUACUGUUUCCUCUGUCUAAUAUUUCAACGUUAGUUGUCCCGGCUGAACUGAUAUCCACGGUUGUCUGUAUAUGGCGAUACCGUGUUAAUGCUAGUGGGUACGAGGAUGAUGGUUGGGAUCUUGUUCCCAUGAGACAUUUUGGGAAGUCUCCAGUGUGCAAGGAUCCUACUUUGAUUUGACGAUAUGCAGCUUCAAGUAACAGCUUUUGAGAUUCUUUCGGUACUGAUACAAGAUCGCUGCUUGUUCGGGCAGUUAUUCACAUUCUUAAAACUACAAAAAAUGCUGAUCUACGAUCAGAAGCUGCACUCACUCUUCAGUUGUUGACGAAAGCUUUGUCUGGUGCUAAAUUAGCCUGUGAAGAGAUUGGUAUCUCAGAAUUAGUUGAAAUGUUAAGGCAUCCAUCUGAAGUGAUGUAUACAACAGCUUUAUAUGUAUUGAAUCAACUAUUAUGGCAUUUACCUAAUUCUUCUCGACCAGAAUUUCGACAAUAUAAUGGACACUUGAAUGUAAUUUAUUUACUAGAGACAAACAGUUUAAAAGAUUCUAAUUGGUUACUCAUCUGUCUGGAUACUCUACGUAUGGCUGUAUAUGAAAGUAGUGAGACGAAGCUGGCGUUAACAUCAACACGAAUUUAUGAAAUUAUUGUACGCUUGCUGAGAAUAUAUCCUAACAAUAUGAAAAUUGCGUAUAAUAUAGCUAGAUUAAUCAAGGUGUUAAGUGUAUGCAAUGAGAAUAAAAUCAAGUUGGUUGAAGCUGGUGCUGUAGAAGCGUUAACUCCACUGUUAAAUUGUUCAAGUGAAGUACUACAGCUGGAAACACUUUGGGGAUUACGUAAUAUCAGUGAUCAAGCUUAUCAUUUAUUGGCGACAAAAAAUUUGAUACCAAUGUUAAUCACUUUGCUAGCCAGUAAAAAUGAGCAUAUAUCAAUUUGUUCUACUGGUUGUCUGUGUAAUUUAACCUGUCAAAAUGUUCAGAAUAAAAGUUUACUUGUUGAAAAGGGUGGUGUAAAAGUCUUGUGUAGACUGUUAUGCUUAAAUCCUGAUCGUCAAGAAAUUGCUGAACCAAUUUGUUCCGCUUUAAGACAUGUAACUCAUCGUAAUCCUCAUGCAAAUGCAGCAGUUUAUGAAAUACGUAUCAAUGAUACAUUGCCAACCAUAGCUUCAUUAUUUGUCAAGUAUCAAUUCGUAUCAGCUUUACCCCUGUUGAAAUCAGUUGUUGGCCUAGUCAGAAAUUUGUCCACUGAUGAAAUGACACGUCAUGAAUUGAAAAAUUUAAAUGUACAUAGAAUGAUAGCGAAUAUUUUCUCACAAGCUUAUACAUCACUGAACGACGCUGGGAAACAAGAUAGUGGUAUUAGUGAACGUAUUUCAUCAAGUGGUGGUUACAUGGAAGGUGUCAAUCUUGAAGAUAUGCUUGAAUUAACUCUUGCUGCAUUACAUAUUAUGGCUAAAGAUUCAGGAGUACAAGAAGAAUUAAUUCAUACAGCUGGUUUAGUGUCAACUGUUGUACGCUUAGUUUAUUCUCCAUCAAUAUGCCUACAACGUGCUUCAGCUGCUUUCCUUAGCCAAUUAUCAACUUCACGUUCUGGAUGUCAAGCAAUUGAAAAUGAAGGUGCUUGUCCUAAACUCACUGAACUUAUUCAAUCGAAUAAUGAAUAUAUUGCUGCAUAUACCGCUGCUAUCUUGCAUCGUAUCGCUCAAGACAAACCUGAAGCGUAUAGACGUCGAUUAUCAUUGGAAUUACGUCAAUCACUUUUUGACGGUGGACUUCUAAAUGAUGCCAAUGAAAUCGAUCAAAGGAUGAUAAACGCCUCAAGUAUACCAGAUUUUCCUUCGCAUGUGGUGACAGAUCAACGAUCACGGAAUGCAUCGGGUUCUUAUUUAAGGCAACGUUCAGAUAGGAGUUAAGAAGUGGUAUUGUAGUGUGGUCAUUGCAGUGUAAUUUAUGCGAAUCCAGAACAAAAUUUCACGCUGAUCCUUUUUCAAACUAUCAACCAGCAAACAUAUCAUUCUCUAAUAAAAUAUUGAUUGGAAAAUAUACAACGAUAAGUGCACUGUAAACGCUACUCGGUAUCUAUCCAGCUGGCUGAAGCGAUGGCCAGAUACAAGCCUACCUUCCAAUCUAUCUCUCUUUCUUUCUUUAUUUUAUAUUGUAUGAUUUCUUGAUUACAACUUUAUAAUAUCCUUGAUUUUUCUAUUAAAUAAAAUAAAAUAAAAAAUAACACAAUAGAACGAAU